GAAACCAACCCUUAAUCCUUAAAACUAUGCAUUUUAGACACGAGUUAAAAAGCUCUUAAUUGCCCAAAAGGAAAAAGGUAGUAAAUUGUUAAAAACGUUUGUUGUUUUAUAAAGAAUCUAAAUUCUUUUUUUUUUUUCAUUCAUUUACUUAUUUAUAUGUACAGUUUUCUCCCGUUUAAAAAAAAUAGAUUUAUGUAAUAAAAUUUCCCAACACACACACACAAGCAUUGUCCACCUCUCCUUCGCCACUACCCCCAAAUCAGAACCUAGCCCUAAUUGUCUGCCUCCGCGAAACCCUAACCAUGGUGUGCAUAAGGAAAGCCACAGUCGAUGAUCUGCUGGCUAUGCAGGCAUGCAAUCUGUUCUGCUUGCCGGAGAACUACCAGAUGAAGUACUACUUCUACCACAUCCUUUCGUGGCCGCAGCUUCUCUACGUCGCCGAGGAUUACAACGGAAAAAUUGUCGGCUAUGUUCUUGCCAAGAUGGAGGAGGAGACCACCGAGUGCCACGGCCACAUCACCUCCCUCGCCGUCCUCAGAACUCACCGCAAACUCGGCCUUGCCACCAAACUCAUGACUGCUGCUCAGAACGCCAUGGAACAGGUGUAUGGGGCAGAGUAUGUUUCACUUCAUGUUAGGAAAAGUAACAGAGCUGCUUUUAAUUUGUACACCGAAACAUUAGGAUACAAGAUCCAUGAUGUGGAGGCCAAAUAUUAUGCUGAUGGAGAAGAUGCUUAUGAUAUGAGAAAACAAUUAAAGGGUAGAAAGCAUCACCACCACCACCACCAUCACCACCACCAUGGCGGUGGGUGUUGUUCUGCAGAUGCUAAGUCAGAUGAGAAGCCCGGAUCAGCAGAAACCAAAGCAGAGUGAUUGGAAUUAUUUCCAGUGGUCAGAAUUUUUGUUAUAUUGCUUAUUCAGUUGGUGCAGAAUUAUGAUGCACACAUUGCUUGUGUGCUUUUGGUAGCUUGGAUGUAUGAAAAGUGUAGUCGAGGCGAAUGAAGUGUGGGGUAAUGGAAUAUAGAAUAACAAUGCUGGACAUCUGCUUUUCUAUUUGCAGCCAAAGAACUGUGUUUGUUAUGCUUCAUUUGGUGACGGUCUCUUCUGGUAUAAUUCGAAUUCAUAUCAUUCGUUGUGCUGCUAUAAA